UUUGUUUACAGCCGUGUGGAUUUAUAUUUUAAAUCGUAAACAUUUAAAAUGCUAGUGUCAGUGAUAUUAACGUUAAUUUUAAUAUCAAUUUUCAAUACAAGUAAUGAAGUACAUUCAUUGAAUAUAUUAGGAGUGUUUCCGUAUCAAGGGAAGAGUCACUUUUAUGUUUUCGAACCAUACUUAAAGGAAUUAGCACGCAGAGGACAUAACCUAACAGUUAUUUCAUACUUUCCGCAGAAAGAACCACUUAAGAACUAUCAUGACAUUAGUUUGGCGGGAAAAUCUAUAAUAUUUGAAGGUAUAGUUCCAUUUCAAAAACAAUCAUUGCUAACAAAUAUGUUAACUAGCUUGGGAGUAUCGUAUGUGGCGAUUGAUAAUUGUAACAUUAUGAUGGAUGACGAAGAAGUACAAGAUUUAUGGAAGAGAAAAAUGAAAUUCGAUGUGGCGGUUGUGGAACAAUUUAACGGCGACUGUGCUUUAGGACUCGCGCAUAUCCUGAACACUCCUGUUGUAGGUCUAACAUCUCAUCUUUUGAUGCCAUACCAUUACGAUCGUUAUGGAAUUUCUUACAACCCGUCUUAUAUACCAUUCUUAUUAUUAGACGGAAGCACUAAAUCGACUCUCAUGCAACGUUUGUCGCAUACCAUAUCGCAUAUUUAUAUGAAAUUGAUUUAUCAAUAUUUAACACAGAGAUAUGAAUAUAAAAUAAUUUCUAAAUAUGUCGAUAACAUACCGUCACUAGAAGAAUUAGGGCGCAAUAUUAAAUUUUUACUGCUGUAUAAUAAUAUGAUGUUAACUGGAUCAAAUAUAUUACCUGCCAAUGUAAUUGAAGUUGGUGGUUACCACGUUUCAAAACCGCAACCCCUGCGUGAUGACCUUCUUAAAUUUAUAGAGGAAUCAGAACAUGGUGUCAUCUAUGUCAGUUUUGGUUCUAUGCUGAGAACUGCUACCAUGCCGAAAGACAAAAUGCAAGCCAUUUUAGAUGCGCUUGCCGAAUUACCACAAAGAGUUGUGUGGAAAUGGGAAGCGAAAUCACUUCCAGGGAAGCCUAAAAAUAUAUUUAUAUCUAAAUGGCUACCGCAGAACGAUUUAUUAGCACAUCCAAAUGUCGUUGCAUUUUAUUCCCACUGCGGCAUGUUGGGAACAACUGAAGCUUUGUAUCACGGAGUGCCACUUGUAGGCAUGCCUAUGUUCGCUGAUCAAUUUCGAAAUGCCGCUGCCAUGGAGGAAAGUGGUUUUGGAGUUACCGUAAAAUUGGAAAAUCUGACAAAGGAUAAUCUACUCGAGAAGUUUAAAAUGGUUUUGGAUCCUAAGUUUCGAGAGAAUGUAAAAUUAUUAUCGAAGGCUUGGCAUGAUCGUCCAAAAUCUGCUAUGGACACCGCAAUACAUUGGACGGAGUUCGCAGCGAAGUAUCCAACUCUGACAUUCAGGUCACCAGCAGCAGAUGUCCCAUUAUACCAAUAUUUAUGUCUCGAUAUAAUAUUUAUUCUAUCCACUAUACCUAUUACUAUUAUAUACAUAGUGGUUGUAUUAUAUAAAACUUAUUUUAAAAGUAAAUCAAAACAAAAAAGUAACGAGAAAAAAGACAAAAACAUGUAAUUACAGUAAAUGUCAUAAGGGGAAAUAUGUAUUAUAUAAACUAACUAGCGGACCCGACAGACGUCGUCCUGUCUACACGUCUUUAAU